AUGUUAGAAGAGGGUCAGGACACCCUUGGUGUCUUUAUAGACAUCGAGGGGGCCUUCGACAACACCUCCUUUGAUACGAUUGAGAAAGCGGCGGCAUCUUUUGGCAUCGAGGAAUCGGUCACCAAAUGGAUAGCCGCCAUGCUCCGAACUAGAGUUGUCCACUCCACCCUUGGGGACAGUGCGGUAAGGGCUGCGGCGGGAUGGGGCUGCCGGCGGGGGGGUUUAUCUCCCCUCUGCUGUGGCUCCUCGUUGUCGACGGCCUCGUCACUGGACUCGAAGAGCUGGGGGGACGCGAGCACGCUACAUAACAAAAUGCAGAAGGCGCUGAACUAUGUUCAGCACUGGUGCACAUCGAAGGGCCUAAGGGUAAACCCAGGCAAGACGGAGAUGGUGCACUUUACAAGCAGAAGGAGGGGUGCCGUUAAAGCUCCCUCCAUCUAUAACACAGAGCUGGAAUUCUCUGGGGAAGUCAAAUACCUAGGUAUUUGGCUCGACAAGAAAUCCAGCUGGAAAAAGCAUAUCGCCAUGCAGACUAACAAGCUAGCAUACGCAGCCGCAGUGUGGUGGACAGCCUUGAAUAAGGCCCGCCACAGGAAAGCGGUGGACAGAGUGGGCAGGCUUGCGAUGCUGGGCAUAACAGGGGCCCUUCGAACGACCCCGAGCUCAGCAUUGGAGGCCCUGCUCUUCAUGCAACCGCCACCCCUGAUUAUAAGGGAGGAGGCGACAAAAGCGGCCGCAAGAUUGCGGCUGCAGGGAACAUGGAAGGAAGCCAGGAAUGGGCACGGUAGUGUCCUCCGCGCAGACGGAGAGCUGGAAGGGCUACUGUCGUGCGGUGCUGACGCCUGCAGGGAAACCCCGUCAGAAGAGGACGCGGACUGGGGGCCGCCCCGUGGACUAGUCUGGUAUACGGACGGAUCACGGGUGAGCGGACGGGCUGGAGCGGGGGUCUGGUCAGAGGGGCCCGCAAUAGCGAGGACCAUUGGGCUGGACUCGCACGCAACCGUGCUCCAGACUGAGCUGGCUGCCCUAAAGGAACUGCGCCAGGAUGAUCCUGGAGAGAGGGGACAAGGGCAAAAAGAUCGUCAUCUACUCAGACAGCAGGCGCGCGCUGAGGGCAAUGCUCAGGUAUAA